CGCGCUCGCCUUAUCUGCUUUGAACCUCUCUCAAUGCCGCUCCUGGCUCGAAGCUCAUGCUGGUUUUCUACCCGUUAUAGGAGCCCUCAUGGUGGCAUCUUCGUCCGGUUCAAUUCCUCGUUUACCUCUGACCAUUUCGCCCAACUCGCCGCUAGUCCAUCCUCCCUCCAUCAGAUCUACCAGUCCCUCUCGACAGAUCCGUACGUGAAUCUAUCCAUUGAACAUUUCCUGCUCCAGCAUGCUCCCCCCGAAUCAAGGAUCCUGUUUCUAUAUGUCAAUCGACCGUGUGUUGUAAUUGGGCGGAACCAGAAUCCAUGGCUUGAGACGAAUCUCACAGUGCUUCAAAAUGAUCGCGCGGGAGACAAUAACGGUGAUGAGCCCGUCUUCGUUCGACGACGCUCCGGCGGUGGUGCAGUCUUCCAUGAUGCCGGAAACUUGAACUACAGUGUAAUUUCCCCGAGGACAACCUUCACGCGCAAUAAACAUGCGGAGAUGAUGGUGCGCGCAUUGCACCGUAUCGGAGCAGUCAACACCAGUGUGAAUGGCCGUCAUGAUAUUGUUAUGACUACGGAUCGGCCGCGGAAGAUUUCCGGGUCAGCAUUUAAAUUGACCCGACAUCGUGCGCUGCACCACGGGACAUGUCUACUGGAUUCCCCGAAUAUCGACAUACUGGGGUCCUUUUUACGGUCACCUGCGAGGGAUUACAUCAAAGCCAUGGGCGUUGAGAGUGUCCGAUCUCCAGUAGCUAAUGUGUCUUCUUCUUUGGGGGAUUCGCUCCCCCCAUUUUCGAUCCAAACAGUGAUCGCGAGUGUGAUGGAGGAAUUCGCACGUCUCUACCAGACCAAUCCAGAUGCUGUUCGCCGUGCCCAGCGGGCUCACGCGAAUGAGCCAGAGCUGCACGCAGGAGACGACUGGGUGGUGGGGGCAGUGGGAGACACACUAGCUUAUAGGGAGCCUGAAAUCAGGAAGGGCUUGGAUGAAUUGACUUCUUUGGAGUGGAAAUACACUCAAACCCCACGCUUUACCUUUUCCACAUAUCCCACUGAGGAAGAUCCCCGGGAACGACCGGCUCUUCCAGCGUCUUUGCCAUCUUCGACCCGUGUAUUUUUACGUUUAAAACAUGGUGCUAUUGUUGAGAGCCAUAUUUCCACAUCAGAUGACCCUCUGAUCGCCCCCGAGCAGGCGAGUCGUAUUCAUGGAGCCCUUGAUGGUCGCAACCUGCACGAGCUCCGGUUGGGAGACUGGACGCAGCUUUUGACUGAGCGAUUGUCUACGGACGAAGAUGCAGGCACUAUAGAGGAGCUUGCUAGGUUUAUUGCCGGUAAACUCGGCUGUACAUAAGUUGAUGCUGUAAGAUGGGUAUGAAUAUAGACUGUCCCUGGUAUAACAAGCUGGGAAACAACGGACAUAAUGAAUAGGGCGACAUGUUUAGCCUUGCAUUCCUUACGUAUUCUGCAGGACAAAGCCAUUCAAAGACCUAGUAGAGACCAAAUAUCCAU